GUAUUCUGCCGACACCAGAGGAGAUCGAUGUGAAGGAACAGAAGCAGAUUCCUGUGGUGAACCCAUGUGCUGAUCCUCUUCAAACCAAAGAGGAGAUCCAGGUGAAAGCUGCAGAUGUCCUACCUAAGAACGAGGACAUUCUCACCACACCUGUCAAAUCUGAGCCUGCAGAGGAGCACACAGCACAAACACUGUUUCUUCAUGGAGGAAACGAGAGGGCGAGGGAAGAAGGAGACGACCUCAGUGAGAACGUCUCAGCUUUUGAGAGGGAGAGCCAGCAGUGGAUGUCCGGCAGCGCAGAGAUCAGCAGCUCGGAGUUUCACAGCAUGGCUUCCUUCCCGGGGUUAGCUCAGUUACUGCCUCCAUCCGUCGAGGCGUCUUGCAGCUCCUUCUCCUUUCCAGGGAAGCCGUACGGAGAGCUCAAGAACAACAUGGUGUCCCAAACACCUUACGCCUCCUCAGACUCGCUCAUGAUUCCGGGGGAAGGAGGGAUGCAUGGAGCCGCGCUGAAUCACCAGAGAGGAAGCCGGCUGUUUCAGGUGAUCAAACCAAAGAAGUGCUUCGUCUGCUCGUUCUGCGGGAAGGACUUCGAGCGCGUCGGCCAUCUUGACAGACAUUUACGGAUUCACACCGGGGAGAAGCCGUACGGGUGCCAGAUCUGCGGGAGGUGCUUCAAUCAGAAGAGCAGCCUGAAGGGCCACAUGAAGACGCACAGGAACGGGGAGAGCUCAGACAUGCUGGAGCCACAUCACCUGAUGCUCACGAUGCCGGACAAUCAGACGCUGAAGAACCUCCUAGAACCAAGAACCGGCCCGGCAGAACCAGAGGGACAGGAGCCGACCAUCACGUACAGAGAGGCAGCCGGAGAGCAAACGGUGACGGUGAAGCUGGAGCCCAACGGGGAGGAUUAUCACCCUCUGAGUCACAACAGCACCGGAGCAACGGAGCAGAGCCAGCUGUGGACAUCUGGGAUGGAGCAGAGCAGUGAUGAGGAACAAACUGUGUGUGUACUUCUGCGUGACAAGUAUCACCUCAGUUCUGAGCAGCAGGAAUACACGCCACAAGUCAACGAUCUGCCUUUUCUAGGUGCCAAAGAGAAGGGAGAGAUGAUGCACAAUGAUCAGUAUUCAAUGAUGCAUUCAAGGAACACGGACAUGUCCUUAGUUCCAGAGCUGCAGGAUCAACACGUUGAUCAAGAGGCUGUGAGUGAGUACACAGCCGUGAGGGACAGGACUCAGGAGGGAGGUGUGUGUGAGUUUAAUAUCUCAGAUGGAGACCCGAGCAGACAAAACUGCUUUAUAUGCUCCAGUUGUGGGCAGAGCUUUCAUAGUUUCAGUCUGUUCCAGAGACACCCGUGUCAAAGCGUCACAGAGCAAUCCUUCAGCUGCACCAUAUGUGGGAAGGUUUUCAAUCAGAUGAGCAUCCUGAAGCUGCACCUGAAGCUACAUGUAGAAUAAAUGAUACGGAACAAGCUUCAUCACAUCCAUACGUAACAAGUGGCACACAUUAGUAGGGCUGCCCCCGACUAAAGAUUUUUCUAAUCGACCAAUUAUUAAUUAUAAUAUUACAGAUAUUAUUCAUAUUUGAAUACAACCCGAUACACACUACAGAGGAAACGGAAAAACACGGAAAAUAUCUUCCUUGACUCGCUCAGAAAGAUCCACACUUUAGAUGUCCUGCCCGACCUGAAAGACCAGGCUCCGCUCUGAACGAAGUCUCAGGGUUUCCGGCUGACGCGUAUGGAGCUUUUUUUUCAACUACUCGACUAAUUAAAAAUUUGGGGGCAGCCCUACAAAUUAGUUUAAUAUAUAGGUCAAUAGCAUUUUUAAAGAAAUACUUGACCAAGGCUAAAGCAGAAGAUUGAAGAGCUUUUCGUUUUCUAUUUGCAUUAUUUGUUAAGUACGGUCUCAUGGCACGAAGGAUCAAUCUGUAUUCCUGAUAUUUUGCACUAAAUGUUUUCCUUUUUGUUUGUACCUACAUUGCUCCUAUCUUAUUUGGAGCCGGCUAAUGACUUAAUCCCUGCACAGAGGAACCUAACAAUGUCAAGCAUUACCGGUUUGAAUGAAACCUCCCAUAUGUUCUGUCACUUGGACUGAUAUCUAGUUUCACUUUACCGAUUUUUUUUACUGGAUUAUUUUUUACAAUUUCUGUCUUUGUUUCAAAUCGUGAUAACAGUCACACGUUAAGUUAAAGGUAAAUUUUUACCUUUAUUUUUGGUCUUUUCAAACUAAUCUAACCACACCCUCUUGCACACUGUAAUUUUCCAUUUAAUUAUAUUUACUUAAAAUAAGUAAAGGGAAAACCAUUUGCUCUGUAACUGAAUAUCCUGAUUAGAAAUUCAACAUGUUUGUUUUUUCCAGGAUAAACUUGGGCCAAUCUUAUUUCUCAUCUUAAGAUAAUAAUACACACUUUUGUAUGAGCGGUUUUAAGUGGAGUUUGGCUGUAUCAGAACAAAAGCUUUAAGUGAAUUGAUUUGGCAUUUCGACUAAGAUACAGGUUUAUUCUCUAUUCUGAUUUUGAAUGCCAGUUUCUUUAAGCCUUGAUAAGAUAUAUUCUACGUGGUUUCACACUAGUAUACUGAAUCUAAAAUAUAUUUAGUAUUUAUUUUCUGGAGUAUAUAAUAAGAUUAUUAUUCUUUAAAAAGUUGCUUAUGUGGUGGGCAGUUGUGUUUUUACUUUACCAAAACAAACCUCAUACAACAACAUCUUGUACACCUCAAAUUCAGUUGACCUUUGAAGCAGCAUGUAAAGGUAUCUCAAUAAUGUCUGCUUCAUAUUGGUUUAGUUUAAUCUUUAAAAGGCAAGUUUCUACGGAGCCCCCCCUGGUGACAUUGGUGAGAAAAAUAUUAAUUCGUGGCCACGUAUUAAUAAUGCGUGGCCACGAAUUAGUUAUUAUGUUCCCACGAAUUAGUAAUGCGUUGCCACACAAGGGUCCGUUGCCAAGGGUCCGUUGCCACACAGGGUUCCGACGCUGAUCUGCCUGACGAGGCUCCAUUAAAAUAUAAAUAUUUUUAGUGAAUUACUGAGUUUAGGCACGUUAAUAACGUUUUA